AUGCAACUUAUAUCACUCCAAAAGGUUCUCAGUGAACCAGAUGGCAAACAGUUUAAAUUUCCCAACGCCAACCUCAUUGUUGAUGGCACUGAAAUCACGGCAAACGUGACAUAUGUAUACAAAGAGGAAGAUGUCAACCACCCUAGUGGUUUUCUACAGGAAGUCUUAAAAGUCUCAGGUCUCCUGACCACCACUGUUGCCCCAACAACAACUACCAACACCACACCACUUCCUACCCUAUUGACUUCAGUGACAUCAACAACUAGAUUCGGCACAGUGGGAGUUUUUGUUAAACUGAUAUUCAAGGUCAAAACACCAGUCCCCACUGAGGAUGAUGUCCUUGGUGCCGUCAAGAAACAAUUGUCUCCUCAAUUCACGACCACUCAAACCACCUUCCAGAAUGCAACUUAUAUCAAACUUACAGAUACUUCAUUUGCCAUCGACCUUGGUUUCAAAAUAACCAAUGUAACCCAGGAGUCUCUAAGUAAUAGACUCACACUCACCAAUGAGACCGAAACCCAGAUACAGGAUUCAAUUAACAGACUACUCCAAAAGGUUCUCAGUGAACCAGAUGGCAAACAGUUUAAAUUUCCCAACGCCAACCUCAUGUCUCCUGACCACCACUGUUGCCCCAACAACAACUACCAACUCCACACCACUUCCUACCCUUUGACUUCAGUGACAUCAACAACUAGAUUCGGCACAGUGGGAGUUUUUGUUAAACUGAUAUUCAAGGUCAAAACACCAGUCCCCACUGAGGAUGAUGUCCUUGGUGCCGUCAAGAAACAAUUGUCUCCUCAAUUCACGACCACUCAAACCACCUUCCAGAAUGCAACUUAUAUCAAACUUACAGAUACUUCAUUUGCCAUCGACCUUGGUUUCAAAAUAACCAAUGUAACCCAGGAGUCUCUAAGUAAUAGACUCACACUCACCAAUGAGACCGAAACCCAGAUACAGGAUUCAAUUAACAGACUACUCCAAAAGGUUCUCAGUGAACCAGAUGGCAAACAGUUUAAAUUUCCCAACGCCAACCUCAUUGUUGAUGGCACUGAAAUCACGGCAAACGUGACAUAUGUAUACAAAGAGGAAGAUGUCAACCACCCUAGUGGUUUUCUACAGGAAGUCUUAAAAGUCUCAGGUCUCCUGACCACCACUGUUGCCCCAACAACAACUACCAACUCCACACCACUUCCUACCCUUUUGACUUCAGUGACAUCAACAACUAGAUUCGGCACAGUGGGAGUUUUUGUUAAACUGAUAUUCAAGGUCAAAACACCAGUCCCCACUGAGGAUGAUGUCCUUGGUGCCGUCAAGAAACAAUUGUCUCCUCAAUUCACGACCACUCAAACCACCUUCCAGAAUGCAACUUAUAUCAAACUUACAGAUACUUCAUUUGCCAUCGACCUUGGUUUCAAAAUAACCAAUGUAACCCAGGAGUCUCUAAGUAAUAGACUCACACUCACCAAUGAGACCGAAACCCAGAUACAGGAUUCAAUUAACAGACUACUCCAAAAGGUUCUCAGUGAACCAGAUGGCAAACAGUUUAAAUUUCCCAACGCCAACCUCAUUGUUGAUGGCACUGAAAUCACGGCAAACGUGACAUAUGUAUACAAAGAGGAAGAUGUCAACCACCCUAGUGGUUUUCUACAGGAAGUCUUAAAAGUCUCAGGUCUCCUGACCACCACUGUUGCCCCAACAACAACUACCAACUCCACACCACUUCCUACCCUUUUGACUUCAGUGACAUCAACAACUAGAUUCGGCACAGUGGGAGUUUUUGUUAAACUGAUAUUCAAGGUCAAAACACCAGUCCCCACUGAGGAUGAUGUCCUUGGUGCCGUCAAGAAACAAUUGUCUCCUCAAUUCACGACCACUCAAACCACCUUCCAGAAUGCAACUUAUAUCAAACUUACAGAUACUUCAUUUGCCAUCGACCUUGGUUUCAAAAUAACCAAUGUAACCCAGGAGUCUCUAAGUAAUAGACUCACACUCACCAAUGAGACCGAAACCCAGAUACAGGAUUCAAUUAACAGACUACUCCAAAAGGUUCUCAGUGAACCAGAUGGCAAACAGUUUAAAUUUCCCAACGCCAACCUCAUUGUUGAUGGCACUGAAAUCACGGCAAACGUGACAUAUGUAUACAAAGAGGAAGAUGUCAACCACCCUAGUGGUUUUCUACAGGAAGUCUUAAAAGUCUCAGGUCUCCUGACCACCACUGUUGCCCCAACAACAACUACCAACUCCACACCACUUCCUACCCUUUUGACUUCAGUGACAUCAACAACUAGAUUCGGCACAGUGGGAGUUUUUGUUAAACUGAUAUUCAAGGUCAAAACACCAGUCCCCACUGAGGAUGAUGUCCUUGGUGCCGUCAAGAAACAAUUGUCUCCUCAAUUCACGACCACUCAAACCACCUUCCAGAAUGCAACUUAUAUCAAACUUACAGAUACUUCAUUUGCCAUCGACCUUGGUUUCAAAAUAACCAAUGUAACCCAGGAGUCUCUAAGUAAUAGACUCACACUCACCAAUGAGACCGAAACCCAGAUACAGGAUUCAAUUAACAGACUACUCCAAAAGGUUCUCAGUGAACCAGAUGGCAAACAGUUUAAAUUUCCCAACGCCAACCUCAUUGUUGAUGGCACUGAAAUCACGGCAAACGUGACAUAUGUAUACAAAGAGGAAGAUGUCAACCACCCUAGUGGUUUUCUACAGGAAGUCUUAAAAGUCUCAGGUCUCCUGACCACCACUGUUGCCCCAACAACAACUACCAAAACCACACCACUACCUACCCUAUUGACUUCAGUGACAUCAACAACUAGAUUCGGCACAGCCGUGGUUAUUGUUAAACUGAUAUUCAACCUCAAAACACCAGUCCCCACUGAGGCUGAUGUCCUUGGUGCCGUCAAUAAGCAACUGUCUCUUCAAUCCAAGACCACUCAAACCACCUUCCAGAAUGCAACUUAUAUCAAACUUUCAGAUACUUCAUUUGCCAUCAACCUUGGUUUCAAAAUAACCAAUGUAACCCUGGAGUCUCUAAGUAAUAGACUCACAUUCACCAAUGAGACCUACGUCCAGAUACAGCUUUCAAUUAACACACUUCUCCGUCAACUUCUCAGUGAACCAAACGGCAACCAGUUUCAAUUUCCCAACGCCAACUUCAUUGCUGAUGGCACUGAAAUCAGGGCAAAUGUGACGUAUGUAUACAAAGAGGAUGAUGUCAACCACCCUAGUGGUUUUCUACAGGAAGUCUUAAAAGUCUCAGGUCUCUUGACCACCACUGUUGCCCCAACAACAACUACCAACACCACACCACUUCCUACCCUUUUACUGACCACUCCUUUCAAUACCACAAGUGUUGGAGGUUUUCCUGGCUGGGCUUUGGCCAUUAUCAUUCCUUGUGGCAUCGCUAUCAUUCUGGUACCCCUGUGGAUCCUGCUAUGUUGUAUGCUAUGUGGCUGCUGUGCAGCUGUAAGGAGACGCUGGCACAGACGCAGAUCUUACAAUGUACAGUACACCACCAGAAAUGGACUCUUCUGAGGUGACGACACUAACAUCAGUAGGCAACUGUCAUCACAAGAACAGUCAAUUAUCUAUCUAUAUCUGCUAAUCAGGAGGUUUCAUUGGGUACUUGCAUCUAUUUUUUUAACACAAAAAGAAAAUUCAUAAUGGGCUUAAUAAUCCACAGGUGUUUUGUGCAUUGUACAAUUUUUGAUAUUAUACAUCUGGUUGUUAAUCAAAGUUAAAGCUGAGCUGAACAGCAUGUAUGUUUAUGUAUUUAUUAGCUAUGUAAUUUAUGUGGUUUCAAGCUGUGCUGUCCACUGACUAAAACAGUUUUCAGUUAUUUAUUGAAUGUAUAAUAAGGUAGAUAAAAAUAUUUAUUUGAGUUUUGUUAUUUCCUCUCUUGACUAACUAUUAACUAACUUAUUUUCAACUGCAAUACAGUACUUGUUUCUUCACCACACAGUUUGACAAAUGUAAUAAAGACUUUGCAAAUCAGUA